AUGGCAAGAAAAUUCGCGAGAAGACUCAUUUUGCCACUUGCAAUUCUUUUCUGGGCUGCUAUUAUCAUCUCGAACCUCUCGCCUUCCCGAUAUAGACACCAAGUUUAUGACCACGAGAAACACAAUACCCCAUUGCGAAUUCCAAUAUCUCAUCCACUGAGAAAUUAUUCAAAAAAUACGAUUCAAUCAUGGGCCUAUUCAGGUAGCGGGAAUAUAAAAAAGCUCCCGACUCCGAAAGUUACUGUCCCGCAUGCUUUAUUACAACUCACUGCGCAUUGCUCCGACCCGGUUAACAAAUUCACGAACCAUCUUAGACUUCCUAAUCUACUUUACAAUAUUUCCAUGAGACCCAGGCUUGGGUCCCCCGAGUCAAGAACGUUCUGGAACCCAACAAUUUUCUCUCUGCCAUAUUGGGCAAAGAAUCAGUAUUUGAUCGUGAGCAUGGUGUACUUAAAGGACCGUGGCUACCGAGUCAAUGUUUUGUGUGAAGCAAAUAUUUGUCACCCAGAAACUGAAAAUCGUGGACACCUCCAAGAUAGAAUCUGCACAGCUGAUGAUAUUGAAGCUCUCGGUAGUAAUGGAGGGAUGAGAUGCGAAAAUACGCCUAUUGAGGUGACUGUUCCUCCAACCCCAGCAGAAAGUUGCCAGGGGAAUCAGGAAGGACUGGCCGAUAUACCUGGCUUUCAUGAUCCUAGGAUCUUCUAUUCCGGAAGAGGGGAGCCUAUACUUAUGGUAUCUUCUCAGUCGCGAUAUGCUUGCAUCGGACUAUGGUCUAUUGAUCUUCGUUCUGUAUACCCCGACCUGGAAGAAAUCUUCUCAUCACCACCCAAGAGAUUCGGAGGACCACUCAAAUCUUAUCCUGUCCUGACCGAGUUGACACGUAAUCCGCGAGAGACCCGAAUAUCAUACGAAAAGAACUGGUUUAUAUUUUCACCAACUCCAUCCUCAUCAUACGUUCAUUAUGAGCUGACUUCUUCAAAACGCACCUUUGCAAAACUUAUUGGUAAUGGCUUCACCACAACUAAUUUGACUGACCCAAACGAGAUAUCUUGCCUUAUCGACGCAACGUCAGAGGAAAUAGCUCUCAAUAGAUACAUGGCAAAUGCUACUUGGCAUCAGGCCACACCUGCUUUAAGACUGAUUCUUUGUACUCGUUCUAAUAACUCUUGUAUGUCAGAGACUCCGGAUACCGUUUUUGUUGCAGCCAUUCAUCGUAAACACAAAAACGUGUUGGACCUACCAAUCCGUUACGAAAGAUAUUUUGUGAUGUGGGCAGCAACACCUCCUUUUAGUAUGCUGGCCAUGAGUCAACAUCCAAUUCUCUUCGCAAAUGAAACCACUACGGGUUGGACGACCGACGAAAGUUGGGAUGACGUUCCAGAGGCUUCGUCCGAAGGUCGUGGUUUUUGGGCAAAGCUCACCUAUACCACAACUAUAGCGUAUGCUUGGAACAGGGAAGAUGAGGAUCUAAGGGAUAAAGGCGUGGGGUUUCUGGAUGAUGAGAUAAUUGUUAGUGUGGGUGUGGAUGAUCAUGAUCAGGUGUAUGGAAGGGUUCUUGUUUCUGAGCUGCUACAGUGUUUGAGAAUUUGUCCUGGCUUGAUGUGA